AUGAUAAGAGGAUUAUUAGUGAAAAAUUUCAGGCUAAUGAGAAGCAGGUCCGCUGGUUAUCUCCUUCCAAUCACGUCGAGAUAUAAUUGGAUUUGUUCGCCUUCAUUAUUGAACCGUCACAUCCAUGCAAACGCCUCUCUAUGUGAGCAAUCGCAAAAGCCAGGCAAUAAACAACAUCUGGGGUCUAUCAAAGUUGAACAACAAAAAUUGAUGUUAGCUUUCACAUGCAAUAAAUGUAACACUAGAUCUUCACACACAAUAUCGAAACAAGCAUAUACAAGUGGUACAGUUAUGGUCCAAUGUCCAGGUUGCAAGAAUAGACAUUUAAUUGCAGACCAUUUAAAGAUAUUCGACGAUAACAAAGUUACCAUUGAGGAUAUCAUGAAGCUGAAGGGCGAAAAAGUGAGCAAGUCUACUGAAGACCUUUGUUUUGAAGAUAUACCAAAAGAUUUGAAGGACUUACUUGGGCAUCACGCUAAGGAUGCUCCUGAAAAUUUAAAGAAACCUGCCUUGCAUGCUGAUGAAAUUCAUACAUUACCAAAUAAAUAG